AUGGACAUAGCUAUCUUCUCUCCAUCAUCCCUCUUCUUCGAAGAACAAGAUGACGUUCACACCAGCGUUGAGGAAAACGCAGAGAAUCAGGAAAGCUUUGUCGAGAGGAAGCAUCAAUUUCCUGGAAUGGAGUUGGUUAUCCGAGAGUUUUCCUUUCAUCAAUUGAAUGCUAAUUUGCUCUGGCCUGGAACUUUUGCAUUUGCAGAAUGGUUAGUUCAACACAAAUCAUGCAAAAUUGAUAUUACAACUUCAGAUUAUGAUGAUCAAGAGAUAUUGGAAAACAUAGCUCACAACUGUAGUGCAAAUGAUUUACCUGUCAUUCCUCAUAUUAAACAUACCUGGGGAGACAAGUUUCCAAAUUCUGACCCUGAUUGGGACCUGAUCAUUGCGAGUGACAUCUUAUUGUAUGUGAAGCAGUACCCGAAUUUGAUACAGACCAUUACAUUUCUUCUCAAAAGUUACAAACCGAGAGAGAGAAGAACUACAGUUUCGCAAACUGGGAGUGAUGACACCAAUGUUGCAGGAGAUGUAGUGUUGCCUUGGCCAGCUUUUCUGAUGAGCUGGAGACGUAGAAUUGGAAAGGAAGACGAAUCGAUUUUCUUCAACGGUUGUGAGAAAGCUGGUCUAGAAGUAAAUCAUAUUGGAUCCCGCGUAUAUUGCAUCAGUCUCAUUGAAAAUGAGGAAUCAAACAAAUGCUUGAAGAAAGAAGAUAGUGUUCAAGUUUCCUCAGGAAGAAAAUGA